AGACGUCACGACGAUAGCCGCGAGUGCCGGAUACUUGCGACGUCGACGUCGCGGGGCUCGCGAUCCUUGGCUUACUUUUACCCUUCGCCGUCAUCGUAACGAUAAGGUACCAUCAGGUUGCGCGGGCUUCUCCUUAUCGCUCUUCACGGGCGCGCCGUACCUCGGUAGGCUACGGAAUUUUAUCCUACCGAUGAGCGCGCGGUCGGGGCGCGAUCGCGCUUCCACCGAGGGUGCCGCGCGACCGUCGCGGCGAUACAGGCCGCGGCCCAGGCUUUAAAUUCAAAGACGAAGGAAUGACGCUGGAGAACCCGUUCUUUGUCGUCAAAGACGAGGUGUGCAAGGCGUUGAACAAGAAUCGCGGCUUGUACGGCCGUUGGAGCGAGCUGCAGAAUGUCGGGAUCACGUCGCCGACCGGAGGCGGAGGUGUGCCGAUGAGCGGUUCAGCCACGGCACCGCCGAUCUCUCGCACGGACGAGCUCGACUGGACUACCACUGAACUGCGAAAAGCUCUACGCUCCAUCGAGUGGGACCUUGACGACCUCGAGGACACAAUCUGUAUCGUUGAGAAGAAUCCGACAAAGUUUAAGAUCGACAACAAGGAAUUGACCGUUCAACGAAGUUUCAUCGAGCAAGCACGAGAAGAAGUCAAGAUCAUGAAGGACAAAUUGAACUUGAGCAGAAGCCGGGAUCGUGACAACACGGCAAGACAGCCGCUUUUGGACAACAGCCCGGCGCGAGUACCUACCAAUCAUGGCACCACUAAAUACAGCAAGCUAGAAAAUGAAAUUGAUAGUCCAAAUAGGCAAUUCCUAAGUGAUUCAAUGCAGCAACAGAACACCAUGAUAAUGCAGCAGGAUGAACAAUUAGAUAUGAUUGGAGAAACAGUUGGCACAUUAAAAACAGUAUCCAGGCAAAUCAACAGUGAAUUAGAUGAACAAGCUGUAAUGUUGGAUGAAUUCGGGAAUGAGCUGGAAACGACAGACUCCAAACUAGACGCUACCAUGAAGAAGAUGGCCAAGGUGCUGCACAUGAGUAAUGAUCGGAGACAAUGGGUAGCCAUUGGAGUGUUGACUGCUAUAUUGGUGUUUUUAAUCAUUUUAUUCAUAAUUAAAUGAAUCAUCUCCCGCCUUUUCCAACCUCUUCUUUUCCUUUCCCAUGAUAAGAAUAUACAAGAUCCUCUUUGUAGCUUUAAAUGUAAUCUAAGUCCCAUUUAACAUACUUAUAUAUUAUUGAUAUAGUGAGAUUUUAUGAAUAAAAAAAUAAAUAGUUAAAUAUAAAAUAAAUUUAUGACAGCUUCUUCUUAAAUGUCUCUCACACCAAUAAUAGAUGCAGUUUUAUAUAUACUAAUAAUUACCUAUAUAUAAUUUUUGAUUACCAAAUUUUUAUUACUAUCAUUUAUUAUAUGUAAUAAUUGUGUGUUGUAUGUUUUGUAAUAUAUUAAAAUUGUUUUUUCUCUUAAAAAGUCUCCAAUCAUAGACAUACUUUUUUAUUUGCGAUAUGAGGAUAUGUAAUAUUUCACGAAGUUGCUCAGGCGACAAAAGAAUGUUUCAUAAUAAUACUAUUUCUUUUGUAUAAUUGAAUAUGUAACAAAUGAUAUAUAUAGUAAAUAAGAUAAUAUUUUUAACUACUA